CUGCUGACCGUGGUGGUGAUCUUCAGAAUUCUCAUUGUGGCCAUUGUAGGGGAGACGGUAUACGAUGACGAGCAAACGAUGUUUGUCUGUAACACGCUGCAGCCAGGCUGCAACCAGGCUUGUUACGACCAGGCUUUCCCCAUUUCUCACAUAAGGUACUGGGUGUUCCAGAUCAUCAUGGUGUGCACUCCCAGCCUGUGCUUCAUAACGUACUCCGUUCACCAGUCUGCUAAACAGAGGGAACGGAGGUACUCCACUGUCUUCCUCACCUUGGAAAGGGACCAGGAUUCAAUGAAGCGUGAGGACAGUAAGAAAAUAAAGAACACGAUUGUCAAUGGGGUGCUGCAGAACACUGAGAACUCCACCAAAGAGGCAGAACCAGACUGCUUAGAAGUGAAGGAAAUCCCCAACCCUGCUAUCAGAACUACAAAGUCAAAGAUGAGGAGGCAAGAAGGCAUUUCUCGAUUUUAUAUCAUCCAAGUGGUCUUUCGAAAUGCCCUAGAGAUCGGAUUCUUAGUGGGACAGUAUUUUCUGUACGGAUUCAAUGUCCCUUCCAUGUACGAAUGUGACAGAUACCCUUGCAUUAAAGAAGUAGAGUGCUAUGUCUCUAGACCCACUGAGAAGACUGUAUUCUUGGUAUUCAUGUUUGCUGUCAGUGGGAUUUGUGUGGUGCUCAAUUUGGCAGAACUGAACCACUUGGGCUGGAGAAAGAUCAAAAUGGCAGUGAGAGGAGUACAGGCAAAAAGGAAAUCCAUAUACGAAAUCAGAAAUAAGGACCUGCCAAGAAUGAGCAUGCCUAACUUUGGCAGGACUCAGUCAAGUGACUCAGCUUAUGUGUGAGGCUGUGUCAGAACUGAAACACUGUGCCAGGUGGAACAGACCCAGAUACCAUUAGAGAAAGGUACAUUGCUUAGGCAAGCAUUUUAUCAAACCACCAAGAAAGCCAUUAAGGUAUUGGAUCUGCACUUACUGAACUAGCUGCAAAAUGCAGCACUAUGUA